UUUCGCGCUUUGUUUUUUUCACCAUCGGCCAAGUGAAGACAAGCGGCGUCCAUUUCGACCAGGUUUUAUGGCCCGCAGUUUUUAAUCUUAUCGGAACUCGAAACGCGGGCGAUGAGUCGAGGCACAGAGUGUAAUUGAAUUUCGGCUAACGGUUUCGGUUUCGAUUGCGUUUUGUGUGCAGAUUUCGGGAUUAGUUUUGUUUCGUUUUUGUGUGUGUGUGUGCGCGCUUGUGAAUUCUUCCCCCUGAUCUCGGCCAAAACCGAACCUCGAGUUAACCAUGCCCGUGAAGACUGUGAACCGGCAGCAGAGCCAAACGCCCGCCCAGCAGCUGCAGAUGCAGCAGCAGCGGGACGUGGAGAAUGGCCUGUACCCCACCAUUCCCGAGCGACGCUCGCCCCCCUCGCGACCACCGACGCUGCGUCAGGACACCAUUGACAUGGAGGAGAUCCCGCUUAACCAGACUAACUCCCAGGAGCCGGAGGAUCGGCGCAAGAUGCGCGACAUAUUCGACAAGCAUGACUCCGAUAGAGAUGGCCUCAUUAACACCCAUGAGCUCAAGGAGCUAAUCUCUGAUGGCUACUGCCGGGAUAUACCCGCCUAUAUUGCUGCCCAGAUCUUGAAGCGCAGUGACCAGGAUAACGAUGGACAUCUGGAUUUUGAGGAGUUCUAUUCAAUGUCAUUGCGCCACAAAUGGAUGGCACGCAACAUGCUGGCCCGAUACUGUCGUUAUGUGGUUCCUCCACCCAAGCCACUGGAGGGUGAUGAACCCGAUGGAGCCUAUGAGAAACAGAUGUCCAUUUGCCCGCCACCGCUCACCAUGGUCAUCUUCUCGAUCAUCGAGAUCAUCAUGUUCCUCGUGGACGUUAUACACUUUCAGGACGACCCCAAUCACCAGGAUAACAUUGGGGAGAGCACCAGCGGCCCGGCGGCGACGCUGUUUAUCUACAAUCCCUACAAGCGCUACGAGGGCUGGCGCUUCGUUAGCUACAUGUUCGUCCACGUGGGCAUUAUGCAUCUGAUGAUGAACCUGAUUAUCCAAAUAUUCCUUGGCAUUGCCCUGGAGCUGGUGCAUCAUUGGUGGCGUGUGGCGCUGGUGUAUCUGGCCGGCGUUUUGGCUGGCUCCAUGGGCACCUCGCUGACCAGUCCGCGCAUCUUUCUUGCAGGAGCUUCCGGAGGUGUAUAUGCAUUGAUCACAGCACAUAUUGCCACGAUUAUAAUGAACUACUCGGAAAUGGAGUACGCCAUCGUACAGCUGCUGGCCUUCCUCGUCUUCUGCUUCACCGAUCUGGGCACCUCGAUAUAUCGUCAUUUGACCGAUCAGUAUGAUCAGAUCGGUUAUGUGGCGCAUUUGUCCGGCGCUGUGGCCGGCCUGCUGGUGGGCAUUGGUGUGCUACGCAAUCUAGAGGUGCGGCGCUGGGAGCGCAUCCUCUGGUGGGUAGCCGUCAUUGUCUACUUUGCCCUGAUGACCACCGGCAUCAUCAUACACGUUUUUGUGCCCGAUUACUUUCCCAAACAGGAGUACAACUAGUACUAGCCAAGCCCCUUAGCCCUAGCCCUAGCCUAGACCAUGUCCAAAGUGCACUUCGAUACGCACAGAGCGAGCGCCUCCGUAUGUGGAGCUGCAGGCGUAAUUUAUUAACUUACUCCUUGCCAUGGCAGAGCCUCAUAAUGCCUCCUCACGCACAGUAAAGCACAGCACAGCACAGUCCCUCUGUGUGCGGUGUACUUCGUAUUUAUAUCUAUCUAUAUAUAUAUAUAUUCUCUCGAUCCACAUGACGCAACGAAAUGUUGCAGAUGCAUUUGUAUUGUACAUUUCGCCA